AUGCGUCCCCCCACCGGGGACCUGGCCUGCAACCCAGGGGGAAAGGUUAGCAGCGUCCUGGACCCGCCUUGUCACUCCCGAACAACCAGGAACUACAGUGAGAGCCAGCGACUGUGAACCCUCCUGAGUUGCCUGCUGCUGGAACUGUAUCAUCUGGGCAACACCAGUAGCCUGGGCGCGGGCACCUGACACAACAUGGGGUUAGGGGUCAUUCCUAACCCCUCCCUGGGCCAUGAGGUGAACCAUGUCAAGGGUGUCAACGACUAUGUCUACAUUCUGCUCAUCAUAAUCUUCUACUCCUGUCUGGCUGGAGGCCUCAUCUUGGCCUACACCUGCUCUCACAAGCUUGUGGAGGCCAAGGAUGAGCCAUCCCAACCCUCCCCCCAACACCAGUGGGCUUCGGGAGGCAUCCUGGCCCUAGCUGCUGAGAUUGCUACCAAACCGCCGGCUGAAGGCCGCUGCCAGCUCGCAAUCAGGAGGCUGCCCACCCUUGCCCAGGGCACCCAGGGGGUCUAG